AUGUCCCACUCCACCGCGUCCUCACCUCCCACCAUGCCGCCCGUGCGCGAACCACGCGAAGCCAGAGGGUCAAUCAGCUCCCAGAGCAGUAACCCGGAUUCGAGCACAAUGUCUUUCGAAUCUUCCUUUAGAUUAGAAUCUGGCUAUCCUACACACGACUCCAACACAGAAAAACACCCCAAGGGCAAGCGGAAGAGAACUACGACACAAGAUAAGGCUAUUCUUGAAGCCGCAUAUAACUCGAAUCCGAAGCCUGACAAGGCAGCGCGUCUUGAUAUCGUGAGUCGCGUUUCACUCAACGAAAAGGAAGUUCAGAUAUGGUUCCAGAACCGUCGGCAGAACGAUCGCCGAAAAUCGCGUCCUCUUUCGCCGCAGGAAAUUGCGGCACUCAGAUAUGGUGGGGGUGUGCAAAUACUGUCAUCCGACUCUAUCCCUGCACAGAUGAGUUCGCAAGACGCACCUGUGCAACCGGCGGAGACGCGUAUGGGAGACGAAAAAGCCUUCGAUUUGGAGAAAUCACCUUUCAGCUCCCAAGACGCGAGCCCUCAGCACUCUGUCCAUUCUUCCCCGAAGCUGGGCGCCAUGGACCAAUCUGUCAUAGAUAACCCGGCGAUACCAGAGCCUGAGGACUCUGGAAGACAUACACCACCCCCGCCACAAAGGACCGAAUUUGAGAGCCUCUCACUCUCUCAGAUCUCGUCGGCGUCAGUCGCGUAUUUAGCAAACCGACGGAGCUUCGACAAUUCAUUCUCAACACCCUCUACCUGGGGACGGGCCGGGGAUGAGUCGUUUAGGUUUGAGUCGUUUUCAUCCUCUUUUAACUCAGCCGCUAGCAGCUCUCCUGCCUCAAUUCUUCCACCGCCUUCCUCGGCAUCUUCAUCUCGUGUCCGUCUAUCACUCUCCCUGGAUGGAAAGGCUGAGUUGGUUUCCUCCCAUCCGUCACCACCUGGACCUACCCAGAUACAAUUAUCAGGAGACGCGGAUACGUUACCUCCGGUCCGCAGUCACAGGACCCUUCAUAGGAGCCGGAGCGCCCUACCCGGGAUUACUCUCCCGCCCAUCUCAACCCUCACUGCUCAUCUACCUCCACAGCUUACUCGAGGUCGGUCUCGAGACGUACAUGCCUGGGAAUCCUGCUGCGAAGCAGACACUCGUGAUGAGCUAACGAAACAAGCCGAGAACGAGUCCUCUGGGUCUGCAGUCGCAGCCAUUAGCCUUCUGCGAUCGAGUAGUAGCUCCUCCUGUCUUAGUAGCCUGCUUCAUAGCCAUAGCACGGCAAACGUGCUCCAGUCCAAUCCUAACAAGCGCAAUGCGCCACAGAACAAACCCGCACACCGAGAAGGAGUAGCUAAGAAAGCUAAACUCAGCCGAACAACUAGUAGCGUGGCACGUAUGCAGACCCUUCCACCUACAUCGCUAUUGGACACUCGGCCGGAAACGAUCGAUUUGGAGAAGCCAGGAAAAGGCAGUCUCACCACCAUACUCAGCCCAUCCGGCGAUUCUGACAAGGAGAACUGGAGCCCAAACUCGGAGGGCAACCCUAAUCGCCGACGACCGUUGCCUCCCCCCAAGGUUCAAGACCAAACCAUCCCAAGCAAAAAUCCUCGCCGCGUAGGACGCCCGCUUGGCGAGCAAGAUAGUACCACUAAACGUUCACUCUUCGGAAACAGAUCCAACACGGCGCCAUCGCUAAAGCCGCGAGGUUCGCCAAUGUCGAUCUUUGAAGAUAAGGGGAGCGCAAAUGGGGAUGAUGAGCCUAGGAAACUACCACGAGGCUCGGUUAGCCCUACUAAGCGUGGAGACCUGGACUGCGUGGCUGGACUGUUAUCGCUGAGUCAAGGGAACUGGCGCUGA